AUGGAUGGCAUCGCACAGUGCAAGCAGCAGCACACUCCGCCGCCCGAGAGCGGAGAUGCCAUGACCCUGACGAUGCCCGAUGGUCAGCGUGCUCCGGAGCAUGACUGGACUGAAGAUCUACCAAAAACGGACCAUGUACGCUUCUUCAGGGAAACUGUAUGGAGCAAGAGUAGUCUUGGGCCACUUCACACGUGGUCGCCGACCCUGCGACUAUUCACAGGGUUCGUGCUGGCCGAUUCACGCGCCGCUUGUCUAUGGUGGGGCGAAGACUUAGUUGCCAUAUACAACGAGCACUAUGCGCCGCUCGCAUGCAAAGCUCAUCCCAAACUAAUGGGAUCUACCUUCCAGCAAGGCUACCCAGACCUAUGGAGUGGUAUCGAACCAAUCUUCGAGCGAUGUAGAAUGACAGCAGCGGGCGUCAACUACUCGUCGGCGACGUCUUUGCUAGUGGAGCGCAAGGGAUGGCGUGAGGAGACGUUCUUCAAUGGCAAUUUCGUCCCCGUUGGACCUGCGUAUGCGCCGGAGGGCUUCUACAACUCUAUGUUCGAAGUCACACAACAAAAACUCGACGACCGUCGUACGAUGAUGCUGAACAGCCUCACUUCUGUACCGAUCCUCACAGUUGAUGCCGUUUCCGACCAUGUCCUCGCGACGCUGAGGACGAAUACCAACGAUGUGCCUAUGGCGCUGUUAUACAGGAUACAUGACGAGGGGAUGAAACCAUGGGCAGGUAGCCUAUAUUUGGAAGGGCAUAUCGGGAUACCCGAUGGACACGAACUGCUUUCGAACGACGUUUCGAUCGAGAGUGAAAAAGGGUUGACGCCAGAGCUGUUGCGUGCUGGCACCGACACACUGUUAAUCGACUGCGACGAGCGCUUUGAUGGAUUAGAGUGGCAAGGAUGGCGUGAGCGCGCGACGAAUAUUGUAAUCAUGCCUUUGACAAGCGGAACGCGUCUGUUAGGGUAUUUAGUCGCUGCUGCAAACCCAUGCCGGCCGUACGAUACACACUACGAGCAGUUUCACCGGGACCUCAAACGUAUGGUCUCGACCCUGAUAACUUCGGCCUUCGAUUCAGAAUCUUCCAAGAGACGUCAAGAGCAGCUUGAGGCGGAUCUCGCUUUUAGCGACCUAAAGCUUCGACACCUGAUAAAUCACGCGUCGGUAGGGAUGUGUCAUGUAUCGCUACAUGGGGACAUGUUGUGGGCGAACGAUCACUACUACGAGCUAGCAGGAAACAACGCCGCGCAACAUACACAGCCUUUCGCUUUCCUUGACGUAUACUACGAAAGUGAUCGAUCAAAGGCUGUGGGAGUCUGGGACAAACUCUUGGCCGGUGACGAUCAUGCCACCGCCGAACUGCGUGUGAAGCGGCAAUACAAACCACCCGUUGGCGAGCCAGAGCCAGCUCAUAUUCACAUCAUGGCCUUUCCUUAUCGCGAGAAUGGCGAGAUCAGAUCCGUCAUGGCUUGUACAACAGAUAUCUCUAGACUGAAAUGGGCGCAGAGCUUCCAAGCUCGACUAGCAGCCGAAGCUCGAGAGGCCAAACGACAGCAGGAAGCAUUUAUCGAUGUCGUGUCGCACGAGAUGCGCAACCCUCUCAGCGCGAUUGUUCAUUGCGCAGAUGCCAUCACGACUGCAGUCGAAGAGUGCCAGGCUGAGCUCUCAAAUAUCCCUAAGCCGUGCAUCGAUGCACUGAACGACAACAUAUCAUCAGCGAACAUCAUCUUACAGUGUGCUAAUCACCAGAAACGCAUCAUCGACGAUAUUCUGACGCUCAGCAAGCUUGACUCCAUGUUACUCUCGAUUACGCCAACUCCUGUCAAGCCAUCGAAGUUGACCAGUUCAAUCGUUAACAUUUUUGAGGCUGAGUUAAAGAACAACAAAAUUGAUUACAGCAUCAUCGACGACCAGUCAUUAUCAAGGCUCAACGUCGACCACCUGCUCUUGGACCCGUCCCGAGUGACGCAAGUAUUGAUAAACCUUUUGACUAACGCCAUCAAGUUCGUCAAACCCUCCAACAACCCUCGCAUCGAGGUCCACUUCAGCGCCAGUCGUCACAGUCCUCGCAUGUUAUUCCCCUCGGAUGUGUUUUGGGCUACGACCAGUAAUCUUGACAACAACGUAACAAAUAGUCCAGAGUGGGGCACUGGAGAAGAGCUUUACGUGGCGUUCAGUGUCCGAGACAAUGGCAUCGGCCUCAAAGACAAAGAGAUUCACAAUAUUUUUGAGCGCUUUAAGCAGGCGAAUGUGAAGACGCACGUCAAAUAUGGCGGUAGUGGUCUUGGUCUGUUCAUCUCAAAGGAACUGACUGAGAAACAAGGUGGCGAAAUUGGAGUUUCGUCUUCUCUUGGCCAGGGUUCAACGUUUGGGUUCUAUGUGAAGGCUAGGAGAGCAGAGCGGAGACCAAAGACCGUUGGCGAGCUGUUCAGCGAGCUUGGAGCCAACGAGAGAGCGCAACAACCACUCCAAGUACUGCUUGUGGAGGAUAACAUCAUCAACCAAAAGGUCCUUGGCAAGCAGCUUAGAAAAGCAGGGUGUACAGUUUCGGUGGCCAAUCACGGUCUUGAAGCAUUAAACACCCUCGAGAAGGAGACAUUUGAUGUCGUGCUUAUGGAUCUGGAGAUGCCUAUUCUCGAUGGUAUGGCUGCAAUGCGCAAAAUACGAGAGAAGGAGAUCGCAGAGGAGGGCCUGCUAGGAGAAGACAUAAAGCGUGGCGCAAGAGAUGGCGAUCGACUGCCAAUCAUCGCUGUCACUGCAAAUGUCAGGAAAGAGCAGAUUGAUGCUGCAAUGGCUGCCGGUGCGGACAGGGUCAUGCAGAAGCCAUUCAAAGCUGCUGAUCUGGUGUACAUGAUGAAGAGUCUAUUACCUCUGGUCACUACCCCAAGGAUUGAUCCACCGACACCUGGUUUGAUAGAUCCGGGCGAUGCAUUGGUACCGUGA